AUGGAUAAAUGGCUGAACUUAAAGAAGAAUGGUAAUGACGCAGAUGAUAAUGCUACAAACUCUUCUCAGGCAGGACAAAGUAUUGGAAAACAGGCAUCUAAUGUGCGAAAAAGAAAAUAUGAUGAGUCUUUUCUUCAAUUUGGCUUUACAUUUCAAAAUCGUGAGGGUAAUGAACAACCUCUUUGUUUGAUCUGCAAUGAAUUAUUGGCUUCGGAGACGUCAUAUGAAGUUUCAUACUGUAUUGCUAAAAAUAAAAAGCCGUUCACCAUUGGAGAAGAUCUUGUGUUACCUGCUGCUAUUAAAAUGGUAGAAAUACUACAUGGAAGAAAAUAUGGCGAUGAUAUUCGAAAAAUUCCUUUGUCGAACGACACUGUCUCGAAUAGAAUUUCUGAUAUUAACAUGGAUCAAUUAAUACAACUUAUUACAAGAAUUAAAGAAAGCCCAAAAUUUUCAAUUCAGUUGGACAAAACAACUGAUAUUACUAAAUUGGCUCAGUUGUUAGUAUAUGUCAGGUACGUUUAUAAAGAAAGCGUGGAGGAAGAAUUGUUAUUUUGUCGUCCUAUGGAAGACCAUACUACAGGGAAAGACAUAUAUUGUAAAGUUGACGAAUUUUUAAAAGCAGAAGGUUUAGAAUGGAAAAAUUGCUGUGGAAUAUGCACAGAUGGUGCAAGAGCGAUGACGGGCAAAAAUAUUGGUUUUAAAUCAUUUUUUCAAGCUGCUCAUUAUGAUCAUAUAACUUUUACUCACUGCCUUAUUCACCGAGAGGCUCUUGCAGCAAAAAAAUUAGCACCAGAAUUGAACGAUGUGCUUCAGGAUGCUGUUAAGAUCAUAAAUUUUAUUAAGAGCCACGCCCUUAACAGUCGCUUAUUUUCAAAUCUCUGUAAGGAUACGGAUUCCAACUACACAACUUUGUUAUUACAUGCAGAACAAGGGAACAAAUUUUUGGUUUCCUCUUUUACAAUAGGUGGAUAG